AUGGCUCGGUUACAGCUGCUCCUGCUCACGGCCGUCGUCCUCGCGCUCACCGCCGGCACCAGCCGCAGCUUCGAGUUCCAGGAGGCCACCCUAGACGCCAUCCACCAGGGGUUCAAGAACGGCAGCCUGACGUCGACGGCACUCGUCCAGCACUACCUGGGCCAGAUCAGCCGCCUGCUGCUGCUGCACGCCGUCAUCGAGGUCAACCCGGACGCGCUCCGGCAGGCGGCGCAGGCAGACGCCGAGCGGCGGCCGUUGUCGUCCGGUGACGGCCGGAUCGGCGGCGGGCUGCACGGCGUGCCCGUGCUGCUCAAGGACAACAUCGCGACCCGCGAUGCGCUCAACACGACGGCCGGGUCCCUGGCGCUGCUGGGGUCGGUGGUCAGGCGUGACGCCGGCGUGGUGGCCAGGCUGCGCCGCGCGGGCGCCGUCGUGCUCGGAAAGGCUAACAUGGACGAGUGGGCCAACUUCCGCAGCGCCAUCGGCACCGGCGGGUGGAGCGCGCGUGGCGGGCAGGGCAAGAAUCCCUAUGUUCUAUCCUCACCCCCUUGUGGUUCAAGCACGGGCCCGGCGAUAGCAGCAGCGGCAAACAUGGCAGCGGUGACACUAGGAACAGAAACCGACGGAUCCAUACUCUGCCCAUCCUCGUUGAACUCCGUGGUAGGAAUCAAGCCGACGGUGGGACUGACGAGCCGGGCCGGCGUCGUCCCCAUCUCGCCCAGGCAGGACACAGUUGGGCCAAUUUGCCGCACAGUGGCCGAUGCCGUCCACGUGCUGGAUGCUAUCGUGGGCUACGACGAGCUUGACGCGGUGGCUACGAGAGCAGCGUCCAAGUACAUCCCUGACGGUGGAUACGCGCAGUUCCUCAAGAUUGAUGGGUUGCAGGGAAAGAGAAUCGGCGUUCCAAAUGGGUUCUUCGAUUUCCCAGAUGGAUCUGUCAGGCAGAAGGUGUACAAGCAGCACCUCGACACACUGAGGCGAAAUGGAGCGGUUGUGACAGAGGACCUUUUGAUUGCAAACCUGGAUGUGAUACUGAACGCCACUGUCAGUGGGGAGCUGGCUGCUCUAGCAGCAGAGUUCAAGAUCGCCCUGAACGCCUACUUGUCGUCUGAUCUGUCACGCUCCCUGGUUGCCUCCCUGGCUGAAGUAAUAGCAUUCAACAAUGCGCAUCCAGAUGAGGAGAUGCUGAAACAGUUUGGGCAACUCAUCUUCUUGGUGUCCCAGAACACCAGUGGCAUAGGCUCGGCAGAGAAGGCGGCGAUCCAGCAGCUGGACGACCUGACGGCGAAUGGCGUGGAGAAGGUGAUGCGGCAACACCAGCUGGAUGCGAUCGUGGCGCCGGAUUCGAGUUCAGCCACGGUCCUCGCCAUCGGUGGCCUACCUGGGAUCGCCGUUCCGGCUGGCUACGAUGAGCAGGGGGUACCCUUCGGCAUCACCUUCGGUGGGCUCAAGGGCUACGAGCCAAGGCUGAUUGAGAUCGCUUAUGCGUUUGAGCAGGCUACCAAAGCAAGGAAGCCUCCCAUGUUCAAGAACUGA